UGCAUCAAACUGUGAUUGGACAGGUCUUGCUUUUUUACGUGUGCGUAUUUUUGUUCCUGUGUCAAAAACCGCUAGCUUGCUAAAGACUGAGGCAUAUUAGCCAUCGGCGGUUAAAAACUGUUGCAAGAAACGCAAGUUUUUUAAAUUUUAUAUUGAAUUGUUUAACCGACGUUUCUGAGCUCGACUGUAAACUUCUCGCGUCGAGAAUCUAUCAAGACCGACAGUGAAGUUUGCGUUAGCAAUCUUGCUAGCUGUUUUUCAAACCUAGCUAGCCAAGCAGUGCCUCAACGAAUUUUGCGGGUUUUUUUUUUAAACAAAUUAGGCUUUUUUUGUUGUUGUGAAUUAAUUUAACGUGCUGUCAUUUACUGACGUUAUGGUGGACCCCCUUCACCAUCUUAGAGCGGUUGUAGCCACAGCGUAACUUUCAUAUACAGCUAGCAAACGUUAGCACUAAACCCACCGGCCGGUGAGCCUCGGAACAAGCUGCUGUUGGGACUGGAUUCAGCUUCUCUGUUUUAAUUACAGUCGAUAUGAAUUCGAACGUGGAGAAUUUGCCUCCCCAAGUUUUAAGACUGGUGUAUAAAGAAGUUUCUGCACUGGCAGCAGACCCACCAGAGGGAAUCAAAAUUUACCCCAGUGAGGAAGACAUCACAGAACUCCACACUGCCAUUGAGGGGCCAGAAGGGACCCCAUAUGCAGGAGGCGUGUUCAGAAUGCGCUUGGUCUUGGGGAAGGAUUUUCCUGCCGUACCUCCCCGGGGCUAUUUCCUGACCAAGAUAUUUCAUCCAAAUGUUGGACACAAGGGUGAGAUCUGUGUCAAUGUACUGAAGAGGGACUGGAAGGCAGAGCUCGGCCUCAGGCAUGUAUUACUGACUAUUAAAUGUUUACUGAUCCACCCAAACCCAGAGUCGGCUCUGAACGAAGAGGCUGGAAGGUUACUGUUAGAGGACUAUGCAGAAUAUGCCUCACGUGCUCAUCUAUUGACCGAAAUCCACGCUAUGGGAGGAAGCUCAGGAGCUCCAGAACCUGGUGAUGGACCACAGCCCAAGAAACAUGCAGGAGAUCCAAGCAAACGUGCAAUUACAGCUAGUGCUGCAAAUACAAUCGCUACAUCAAAUGGCACAAAUAGUAGCAGUGCCAGUGGUACAAGCAGUAGCAAUAAUACUGGAGUAGCUAAAAAGAAAACUGACAAAAAACGAGCCUUGAGGCGACUAUAAUGGUGAAUAAUCCUUUUUGUUUCUUUUUUUCUUUUUGUCUGUAAAUAUUGAAUUGAGACCAUAUUUUCCUCCUGUGUUCUAGAAAAUAACUUUUUUUUUUUUUUUUUUAAUUGGUUUUGUGAUUAGCAUCCUCCAUGAAUUCUUUUCAUAAUUGUUUGUCAGAUUCACACUCUGCUCUCAGGUUUUUGCCUUUCAUGAUGACAAUGUAGAUCACACAUGGAAAAGGAAAUGUUUUCAAUCAAACAUGUAUUUAUGUCUCUUGAAAAUUCUUGAAGGUACCCUUCAUCACCACAUCACCAAGAUAAACCUUUAUCACCAGGAUUAUAGCUCACCGUGCCAGUUAAACACCUGUGAAGAGAGUAAAGCUACUAUUAAACAGCAACAGCAGCGUUUUAAAAAGAAAAGCACCAAGUCAUCUAGACAGCAACUACCCAUUCUUAUUCGGCCAAUAUUAGAGGUAGGAAAGUGCCAGUGCAGCAUGUAUAUGGCAACUACUAGACAACCAGCAGCUGAACAAAAUGAACAAAAUUGCUUUGGUUAAGUGGAAAUGUACAAGCAGGACUCUGAGGUUCAGUAGCACACAUCUGCAGCACAUCUCGACACGCUCUAUGGCUUUUAAUUAAACAUGAGAACAACAAAUGAACCAAGUCUUCUUCAGGUGUUUCAUAGAGUGUGAGUAAGCUGAUGGUUUAUCAAGUGGCCUAAUGAGUUCCAUCGUGCUUCACUUGGAUAGUACACAAGACUUAAUGUCCUGCUGUUGAGUGAGUGAUUUUAUUGGUUAAAUAUAUAUUAUGUAAUACAAAGUAGACAAAUUGCAACUUUUCCCGUCACUAUAUUAUACAGCUGUGUAGUGUGUUGAUGCAUUAAGAAGUUUAAAAAGGAAAAAAAAAAUAGGGAAAGCAUAGAAUCGGUUGAAAUGUGGUCGUCUUUUUCCAUGUUGUUGGUUUUAUACGUUUUCCUGUUUAAACCAUGUAUGUGUUAACGGUUUGCGCUCCUGGCUUUUGUCAGAGAUCAUGUCCAUGAAGCAGAAUGGGUAGAUCAAGGUCUUACAAAAUUAUUUUUUUAUAUCUAGAAUGAGAGUCCCUUUUCAAUUAAAAUCAAUUAAAAAAGCAUUUGUGCUAUUCCCUGAUUAUUGUACACUUUUAUUUUGAAUCCAAUAAUGUGACUCGUGUUUAAAAGCGUUCUAGCUAUAACACACCGUACACAUGCAAACUGGAGCUGUGUUAUAUCUUGUAUCGUGCAUUUACAUUCAGUGCACAUCUAACAAUGUCCAUUUUGUCAACACAGGGGGCUUACAGUUUCCAAGGAAGCUCUCUUUUAAAGGCUCUGGGCUCUGCUAAGACUGUGCAUACGGGUAACCUUUUACCAUUUUGUGAGGUUCUGUGUGGACUUUGGGGCAGUUGUGUCCAUUUAAGUUAUUUAAAUUAAAAAUAAAGUAUCUUCUGUUA